AUGAAGCGCUGGCUAUGGCUGCUGUUGCUCCUCUGCUCUCAGCAUGCUCACUCGACGGCGCACGAGGAGGGAGAGGAGGCAUGGAACUGUCUGUUCGUCAACCUAGUGUCUCAGACCAAUGUCUACUCCGUCGACAGAGCCAUCUCUGUCCAUGUGGACAUGCUUGAAGUCGGGGAUGAGGCGGCGGUCGACAUCCUCAGUGCAGCCUGGGCGGUUGUGAGGUCGGAGGAGGAGACAAGUGAUGCUGGAGACGCAUACUUGUCGUCUCCCAGCGAUCCUGUCCCUGUCGGUCAUGGAAGUUUCUUGUUUCAUUUCCUACCCGACGAGCUAGUCUCUGUGUUGGAGGUCGACAGAGAGUGGGGAUGGCGAAGGCUGACGAUCGAGAGGAGGUGGGAAGGAGGAGAGCUGAGAUGUCAAGACGACGUGGUCGUGCGACUUCACAGUCACGGAGAGACAGCGGCAACAUACACCUUCGAGUCACCUUCCCCGCUGCACACGCCACGGAUUGUACAUUUCAUUCACCUGCAACUGGAACCUCGACCCCGCAACACCGCCCGGUGCGACGAGCUGCUCUCGCUCUCGGUUCGAUCGACUGUCAAUCACAUCCAACCAGAGCGAAUCUACCUGCACACCAACGACAUGGACUUGUUGCGAGGAUGUGUGGACAUCCAGCACCACGUCACUGUCGUGAAGGCAGCGAUCCCAAGGCGAGUGUUUGGAAACCGCGUCGACUGGUACCAACACCAGGCAGACAUCAUCAGACUCCAUGCUCUUCGCAAGUGGGGGGGAGUGUACCUUGACACGGACGUGCUCGUCCUGCGGGACCUCGGGUUCUUGCUGUCCUCCAACAUGUUCGUGGUAGGGGAGCAGUCAGGAGGAGGGAUCUGUAACGGGCUCAUCGUCAGCCCCCGGCUGCAUCCUUUCCUGCUGAGGUGGAUCGCACAGUACAUCUCCUUCGAGGAGGGGACGAUGGGGCUGCACGCCUCGUACCUCCCGAUGAUGAUGGCGCGGCAAGCUCUGUCUCCCGCCGUCAUGGUGAUCUCCCCAGCCCAUAUGCACUGGCCCUCUUACCACCCACACGCUAUCACCACAGUGUGGCUCGGGAACUGGUUCUGUGCCCAGGAAAACCUGGUCUUACAUAUCUGGGGCUCUCGGUCGAGCCAUGUGAGGAGGAGCGUCUUGGCCGGGCGGGGAGACGGAGGGAACGAGACGAGAAGGUCAGUGGACGGUGCGAUGAAGACUGCUCUUGCUCCAUCCUCUCAGCUGGAGGAAUGCGAUCAUCUCAUGCAUCCUCUGAGCCCGCAGCCCGGCUCAGACGAGGUACUGGCGUUCUGGCCUCUCACGGGAGGAGGGAGGUUUCUCCGAGAAGCAUCGAGUGAGAAGCUCGAGGGAAGGGUUUACUCGCUUGAGGAGGAGGAGGAAGGAAAGGAGGAAGACAAGUCUCUGUUCUCGCGAGGUACAUCCGGUGACAACUCGUUGGGGCUAGCGCUGGACAAGUCAAGGCAAGUGCGAUUUGCCGUUGCUGCUGUUGCUGCUACUGCUGCUUCUGCUGCUGCUUCUGCUGCUGCUGCUUUUAUCGAUUGUCUAUCGCGAGGCUCGUCCUGUGAGGAGCAGGUCGUCUGGUCGAUGCACACGCUCAAGGAUCGCAAACUCUACAUGAUGAUCUCCUCCGAUGGGAGCGGGCGGGUGGUGGCUGAACUGUUCCUCACCUCCGAAAGAUUCUCCCACAUCCUCGCUCAGGCGUUUCUCCCCGCUUCCCACCAUGGCUGGCUGAGAUUCACCGUCUCCCUCUCAGACAGCGAACCCUGCAGGUUCCGCAUCGAGAACACUACACAUCACCUGCAGGCAGAUGCCUCGGCCGGACAUGCUAUGUGCUCCUACAGCUCGCCGAUCGCAGGCGUCUUCCUGUUCCACUGCGACAACGACGACGAGGGCUUGCUGUCCUCGUCGAACUGCUCUCACGUCUACAGCACCCUAGCAGAGGCAGUCACGAUCUGCAACCGUCGGCCAUCGUGCCAUGGGGUCACCCUUGUCAAGGGGAAGGGGUUCGAGUUGAGGUCUAGCAGCAGCAGGGGGGUCUCAACUUCCGAGAUCUCCUGGGUCAAGGAGUCCUGCCCUCCCCACCUCGCUGUCACCGACCCCAGCAGGUGCAGCAGCUUCUUCAUGGUCGAGGAUCAGCUCCUGUGCAUGAGGAACGGCUCCUACCAGCCCCUCCGUUGGACCUCGGGGUGCCGGCGGCGGAAGCUGGUGAUUCCGAACAAGGUGUCGAGCGCUAAGGAGAUGAACUAUGCCGAGCACGGCGAGCUGCUGCUGAACAUGCAGGGGUGCAGCCACGACGGGUGGAUCUUCUCCAAGGAUGCGGCCAACGGCAUCUGGCUGGGAUCGUUGGACGGAAGGGGAGGAAGGUCGUUGGAGGGUGUUAUCCGAGAUUUUACGAUCAUGAACAAGUUCUGGGAAGGAGAGGAGAGGCUGCAGCCGCAUCGUCUGCAGGAGAAGCGAGCAGAGAGGGUCCGGCAGUUGUCGAGGACCAUGAACCUCUGCAUCAGCGAAGCUCUGUCUUGCUCUGAGGGGACGAGGAGGAUGCUCCAGCGUGCUGAUGGUGACAGAGUCACAGACGAGGAUAAGGAUGCCUUUCCUUGCAGCGAGGCAUGCGCGCAGUCGCUGUCCUCCAACGCUCAGCUGAUGUGGUCUGUCUUGCAGCUCAACUUCUGUCGCGAGCAGUGGAAGGGAGAUGUCAAGCGCUGGGCGUUCGGGCAAGUGAGAGAGGUUCUCAGCGGUCUCACAAGUUGGUGCAAGAUGAUGGCAAGGAGAGAGUUUUCCAUCUUUCAUCUUGCCACAGUCAAGCAGAAACAAGCAGAGCACAGAGGUCUUCAUCGCAAGGCCUUUCCACGUGCCAGAGAAGUACACGUCAAGAUCAAGUGGCCGUUGCAGUUCAGCCAACAUUUCAAAGAUGACUUCUUCAAAGGCGACUUGCUGUUCUCUCUCCGUCGAGUUAGAGAUGAAGACAUCGAGGUCGAGGUCUUGUUCGACAACAUGAUCGUGGGAUAUGCCGAGCCGACGUUCUCCCUGUACGGCAACGAUGUCUUCGUGCACUGGCCCUUGUCGAAGCUGCUUGAGUUUGACGUGAUAACUUGGGUUGGCUGGCACUCGCUCGAGGUUCGUGUGAGGUCGCCGCAGGAGGAGUUCCAGUCUCGGUAUGACCUCGUGUGGGUCUGCAUCGAAGAGAAGACCUCAACGCUGUUCACGGUACCUGACGCCAUGAAGCACAACCGAGACUUCUUCUCUCUCCCCCGCAACUUGAUCCCAACAUCCCCUGAGGCCUCUCAGGUCGAGCUGAACAUGAUGCUCUUCUGCUUCGAGGAGCUGGGCAUCGGCUCAGUCAUCGAUCUUGGGUCAGGCAGGUCGGAAUGGAUGGCGCCGAUCGUGACGGCGAUGAGGAGGAGCGAUCGCUACAGCACGUUCACGCGUCCUACAUGGCGCUCAGUAGACUUUGCGGAGGGUUCGUUUACUCACGGCCCUCCUGCCCUCAUCGAGGUGUUCGACUGGACUUCUCAACACGCGGACGUCACCGACGACAGCUUCGCCUUGCGAUGUGCAUCAGAGCAGUCAAUGAUCAUUGCAAGAUGUCUCUUGGAGUACUUGUCCAUAUCGCACGUUCAGGCGGUUCUCUCCAAGAUUGCGGCAAGUGGCUGCGGAUAUCUCCUGAUCACCAGUCAUGAGACAAAAUCCAACGCUGACUUGUGA